AUGGCGUCACACCCGCCGACACAGUGGCAUGUCAAACAGGCGGUCACAGGCCUGGGCAUAACAAGCACAGACACACUAAUCCAUCUGGCCUACUCCUCUGCCUGCCGACGUCAGCCACCAACCCCUCGUCUGUGUUGCCUCAUGCUCCACGCACACCUGCCCAGGCCUGCUUGCUCUCGUCAGCUUCUGGAUCCCCGGCUCACCUCCCCCACCUCCAUUCGCACUGUGUUCCUCCGUGCAUCUCCGCACACCUGCUCCAGCCUGCUUCACUCGACAAACUGGAUGCCCGGCUUCGGACCUCCGCUCCACCUCCGGAGAAACUCCCUGGCCCUGGACAUUAGCGGCUGCCUUCAUGCAGCCGAUCGCGUCGGCAGGCAGGUGACGGCCCAACCACGCUUGUCCCUCCCUGUCUCCCUCAGCGACCUCCUCUUGUGCCCGGCGCUUCGCCGCCUAGCGGCCUACGGGCUGGAGGAACGGCGUCACAGCCAGCGACAUCCAUUAUGGGAGACGCAGCAUGUCCCUCCAGUGGCAAGGCCGCCAGGAAACUCAGGGGCUGACUUCUGUGACCCCUGGCCUCCAGUACAGGUGGAGCAGUGGGAAGGCAGAGUGGUGGCAGCUGGAAGGGCGAGCGGGUGUCUGAGUGCCGAGCCUGAUAUUUGCGCACCUCUCGGCGUAAUGUCCCUCAGGAAGAGCUGCCAGGAAGGAGGAAUCCACAACCCCAGGCAGACUAAUGCCUGGGAGCUGUAUAUCGGUGGCGUGACAAAGAGCAUGUACAGCAACCUGCCCAAGCUCAUCGCCUCCCGGGACGGGUACCAGGGCUGCCUGGCCUCCGUGGACCUGAACGGGAGACUCCCCGACCUGAUCGCAGACGCCCUCCACAGAGUGGGGCAGGUGGAACGAGGCUGCGAUGGACCCAGUACCACCUGUACGGAGGAGUCUUGCUACCAUCAGGGGGUGUGUCUCCAGCAGUGGGAGGGCUUCACCUGCGACUGCACCAUGACGUCCUAUGGAGGUUCAUUUUGCAACGAUCGUAAGUGA